AUCACAUGAAGCUUCGCACGAAGCCAAAAAAAUCGUCAUGAUUUCCUUAUUUAUUCUACAUCCUUCGCUUAAAUAUCUCAGUUAGACCUCAGAUAAAGCUGUUAUUAUGGGGUUAUUUUGCUCAAGAAUUUGCCGGGCUUCAGUUUCUGUGAAUGGUACUCGGUAUGAAAUCGUUAAGGAUCUUGGAGAAGGAGCCUUUUCAUAUGUCCAUCUGGUCAAACAUGGCAAACACUACUAUGCAUUGAAAAGAAUGAGAUUACAGUUACCAGAACAAGAGGAGGCAUUUGAAAGAGAAGUUGCUGCUCAUCGAGCUGUUGAUCACCCUAAUGUACUGGGUUUAUAUGAUGUUGAACUUGUAAAAAAAUCAGAUUAUAAGGAGGCCCGUAUGCUUCUAUCUUAUUACAAGGAUGGCACAGUACAGGACUUAAUAGAGAAAACAGUGGGGUAUGGUAACCCUGCACCAGAAUCAGAUCUGUUAAARAUCUUUAGAUCUGCCUGUGAGGCUGUACAAGCAUUUCAUGCUCACUCUCCACCACUUGCUCAUAGGGACAUCAAGCCUCAUAAUCUUCUUCUCGGUCCAAAUCAUACUGUUAUACUGUUUGAUCUUGGAAGUGUCUCUGAGGCAAGAUGCUCUAUCAGAUCCAGGAGAGAGGCUCUGGCAUUGCAGGAAAGAUGUGCCCAGGAAUGUACGGCUGCAUAUAGAGCUCCAGAAUUAUUUGAAGUGCCAUCUCACUGUGAGAUAGAUGAGAAGACAGACAUCUGGUCACUUGGUUGCACGCUUUAUGCCAUGGCUUAUGGUGACAGUCCAUGUGAUGGGUCAGCUCUGUCUGCAUUAAGUGGAAAUAUUCAAAUCCCAUCUAACAGUGCGUAUUCAUCAGAUUUCAACAUACUCAUUAGAAGCAUACUUCAAGUAGAUCCUCAGGAACGGCUAAYCAUACCAGAGGUCUUGAGAAUCAUUGACAAUCUGUGCCCGUCAAGAGCAGAAUUUGCUUGUGCUGACUCCAAGGACAUCUCUGUACAGGCUGUGUAUUAAAAACCGAUAUCAUYGACUUUUAUAAGUUGACUAGAGAAAAUUAAUUUAAAUAUGCAUUAUGUCUAACUGAUUAUUUUGGCCAUAAUGUUUUCACAUGUGAGAACAUAAGUCAUUCACUUUGAGCAUUUUUUGUUUAUUUACUGAUUAAGCUUGUCAGAGAGGAUGUCUUAGACUUACUCAAUAUUAUUUCACCUCAGAUAGUGACUGUCAUUUCUGCAGAGUAUUAUUUCUCUGAGUCUUAAACUAUUAAUUCAUAUCAAUUUAUAGGAAUUUUAGCAAAUACUGCGAAUGAAAUGCAGUAUUUAGGUUCAUUAGGGAAACAUUGCACCUAAACGAUAUAUUAGGAAAAGAUAUCCAUAUUUGGAAAUGAGUGGAAAGAAUGGGUGUGGGUUGAUUUGUUUAGGGGAUGUCUUAUUUAAGAGUUAUCCUGGAAUAUUGUGGGUGGGUUCAGAUAUUUUUAUAAAUUAUACUUCUACAAUAGCAAUGAGAAAUCUGUGAAUGAAUGUUGAUACAAAUGAGUAAAAUGUAUGAUAUUUCAGAGUUGAUGAAUGGGAGGCCGGUAAAUAGACUAUAAUACAUUCAAACACAAUUAAUUAUGAUUAUCAAUAAUUACUAAUUUGUACUGAAAGAGUUUCCACAGUUUUAUUAUAAGAAAUUACCUUUGAUAUCUGAAAAAAAGGUAAAAAUAUUUUAUUUAAUUUAAACUUGUUUUUAAUGAUAUUAACAGCAUCAAGAUGUAAUAAAACAGUUUUUAUUGGGUGUCAAUCACAUUAGGGAACAACAUUUCUUUGAAUGAUUGACAUUCAAAUCCACUUUUUAACAUUCGUAAUAUGCUUCUGCUUGUGUUAAGUGCAUAUAAAACUACUAUUGUUUGAUAUUUCUUUUCAUUGCUGAGAUAUUCAAUAUAGAAAAUUACAAAAUGAUGACAUCAUGAUAGUGACCUAGUACAUUCUUGUACCCAGACCCUUCUCACCAAAAAAUCGAAGGCUCAGUAUAUGGUAAAGCAGUCAGUUUGAUGUGUUUCAUGGUGUUGCCAUGGAAACACCCUUAGUCCAAGCCAUUUUAAGAGGGAAAACGAAAUUUCAAUUUUUAACUUAAUUUUAUCUCAAGCCAGAUAAGAGCUGAAUUAAUAUUAUAAGGAGUAAAGAUAUCAAUCCUAGAAAAAAGGAUUCAGGAUUUUUGUUUAUCUUGAAAAUAGCCUGGGUCUGAGGGUGUUCCCAUGGCAACACCAUCAAGCAUUUGCCUGUACUAUAACGACUCAUUAAUUUGACUCUGACGAAGGACUAGCAUCUGAAACGUCAGUAAGUUUUUUCAUCUUUUUCACGGUGUAUAAUUUACCUUUUCAUCAUUACUGUUUCAUUUGAAACACAGACACUGCUCACACUAGAUUUUAGCUAGUUAUCUCUUCUCUUUUAUUUUCAUUCAUGUUGAGCUAAUUCUCACAGAGUUGUCCUYCAUUUGAUGAUUUGACUUUUUACUAGAUACAUCAUUUUGUGAUUUCUUAUAUUUGAAUAUCUUGGCAACAAAAAGAAAUAACAAAUAAUGGUAAAAUGCACUUUAAUGGAAAUAAGUGUAAAAAUUGACUGACUGAGGUAAAUACCCACCAUUUUGACGGAUGUUGAAAUGAUAGAAUAAAUUAUUAUUUAAAUUGGUAUUAUCUAAUGUCCAUACAUUCUGAGUUGAUUGGUCAAACACAAAGCAUUAAGAUCAAAGCUACAGAGCUUUGAAUUAACCUUUAAAAUAGCCCCUUCUUAAAAAUGUCUUGAAUGCGAAGCUAUCAUAAAAAUACAAAAGAAAUGCCAAAAAUUUCACUGAGAAAAAGUGUGAUUUCUUUUGUAUUUGUAUGUUAGCCUUGCAUCCACAAUACUUCUGAGAAGGUGUAUUAGAUUGAAUUUGUGUUUGGCCAUUAAACCAAAUUGUAUGGAAAGUGGUGAAAAGCUUCAAAAGCCUUUGCAAGCUUGUGCUCGCUCUAUCCUUUGCAAGAAUGUGAUAUCUUUAUUUAUUAAGACAACAAAAGAAAACCAAAUUAUAUUUAUUGUUUUAUCAAAGUAUAUGUUUAAGUAAUAUUAACUUCAACACACACAAACAAACUACUCGAAAAAUACUGGCAGAAAAUAAACAACUUCCUAUCCCCCUA